AAUUAGUUAGUUCAUUUUCAGCUAGACAUUGGAAGUGGAUGAAACCGUAACUCUGAAUUCACCUGCACUUAAUAAAUAUAUGUGCAUAAUUACCAUAGGCGUUCAUAGUAAAUGCAAUCGUGCUCAGCGGAUGGCAAAAAGUAAAUGGCACACGGCCAGCUCAAGAUAUAUACUAUUCUCGCAACUGGACUGUAAAUAUCAAAAAUAAACUGUAUCGGCGGGACAAUUACUGGCAAGUUAUUUAAUGUAACAUAUUUUUGUGGACACUUUUACCAAUAAACCGAGCGCAUAGCUGUGCGAAGUUAGUUAAAACAAUACGAUGGUUAAGAUAGGAUAUGCUAUGGAAAGUUUAUGAGCAACAUUAUAUAAAGAUGCUGGUAACAAAAAUUAACGUACAAGAUGGCAAUACAUGCAAUAUAUUGAAGCCUAUGUCAGCGGUAUUAAAAAGCGCUAAUCACCCGUGCAAAGAGGAUGGGACUAUGAGAUUCGUAUAGGGAGAAUCAACAAUAGUACAAAAACAAUGAUCCGUCGUAAAAGGCUAAAAUCGCUGGUCUGUAUAGUGGUGACAGCGUGGGUAUAUCUAGGAUUGUGGUCCCUGGCCGCUAUCGAGUGGUUGCAGGAUGACCGAUCCAUUCUUCAAAAUAACAACAUAUUCCAGGACAAUUAUGAUGUUAGCAUAAGAGAGACUGAUGACAGCCCUGAUAUUUUAGACAGCUUCUACAUGCAAAACAGCCUGAAUGAAAAAUUCAUAACGCGGAUUUUAACGAGCACUACAACUGUAAAACCUAACACGAGUGCCAAGAAGAUUAACGACAAAGUGAAACACCAGCGGGCAGAUGCAAUACUGGCAUGGCGAAGUCAUUUAAAUAAGGUCGCAUCAGCUGAUUUCAAAUCUACACAAAUACCUGCUCAAAAUAAAAACACAGUACAUUAUAGCAUUAAAGAUAGAAUAUUUAAUUUAUUAAGGAUAGCUGCUAUUAAAAAUCCACCUGUCGGAUUAUGGGAUAACAUUUAUACAUUAAUUAAUGAUUUACAUACCCAUCAAUUAUUUGAUUUUUACCUACAGCUCGAUACAUAUACAAACAGUCAUAUACUUCAAAAUGACACGUUGUCAUACUUGUUUGACAUGUUAACAACAGUCAAAAAGCAAAGUGAAAAUAGUGACACUAUUUUAAUAGUAAAUGACAUCCUAAAACAGCUUCAAAAAUUGAAUAUAACUAUUAAAACACCUGUAUAUAAAUCAAAUGAUACUCAAGACAAAUCAUCACCGUUUAGGCAUGGUGCUACCAAUCACACAUCGAUAUCAACCAAACAGGUACAUAAAAUAAGGCCAAAGGUCGCACAUGCUACCCGAGCUACACCAAAAUUGGGAUGGGCGCCAACUAGAAAAGCUAAAAUAGCCCUCCAAAAAGUAUCGAUGGAUUGGAGUGAUGAACCACUUGUCAUACCUGAACCGGGGUACUAUUUCUACCAGGGGAUAAAUGACCCUGUUAAAAUCCCUGAUUCUGUGCCUGAAGAACAUAGGUGGAGAUACAGAUCGGAUAUCUUAUUCUGGAAUAAAAAUGACACAUUGUACCAAAAAUGGCAAAAAUGGAAAAGUAAAAUAGUUUUUCCACCUGAGUCGAUGAAGAGAGAGGUGGAACGCGUUUGUAAUGAACUCAAUCCAAUGAGGAAGAAACUGUGUGAUAUGUUCAAAAAAUGUUACCCAAAUACUAUAGAAACAACAAUCAUACUAUUACCAGACUCAACAACUUAUGUAAUAACCGGUGACAUCCCUUUGAUGUGGAUGAGAGAUUCAAGUGCCCAAGUCUUUCCCUUGCUCAGUCUUGCCCCACAGGACCCAACCGUGCAGGUGCUCCUAGAGGGUGUCAUCAGGCGCCAAAUAAAAUGGAUCCAAAUGGACCCAUAUGGUUCAUCUUAUAGACUUUUCCUUGAUUUUGAUUACAUGAAUAAAAAGGUACUCACAGAUUGGGACUUCCAAAGUGGUAGAACAGUCCAUGUCUCCAUGCAUAACUACGAGAUUGAUUCUCUUUGUUAUUUCAUCAGACUUUCUUACUAUUACUGGAAAUCAGUUGGGGAGGAUUUUAUAUUUGAAUCUGAAUGGAAAAAAGCAGUUGAAAUCAUAAUAGACACUUGGAUAACUGAACAAUAUCAUAGCUCUUCCAGUUCCUAUAGAUACCCAGAGCUGCCCAAAGAAGGGAAGGGUACAGAUACGUGCUACACUGGGAUGACUUGGGGAGGGUUUAGACCUAGUGACGAUAAAAUGGUUUUCCAUUAUAACAUCCCAGCAAAUAUGUUCGUUGUUGUCUCUCUGAAACAAAUUACAGAAAUUGCAACUGUCGUUUAUAAAGACCAGGCCCUGGCGGAUAAGGCCAUAAAACUAGCGAAGGAGAUUGAUCUUGGAAUUGAAACCUAUGGUAUUAUACUUGAUGAAAACUAUGGCUUUAUGUAUGCCUAUGAGGUAAACGGUUGUGAACGAUCAAUAAAAAUGGACGACGCAAACAUUCCUAGUCUCCUAUCAAUACCGUAUUUGGGAUACAAACCAUUAUUCGACCCAGAUGGUACGAUCUAUGACAAUACGAGGCGCUUUCUAUUGAGUAAAGAUAACCCCUCUUAUUUCAAAGGGAGUGAAGUCAAAGGCAUUGGUAGUCCACAUACAGGGAUGGAAAAGGUAUGGCACCUUUCGCUCAUCAUGCAGAUCCUCACUACAGACAAUCUAAACGAAAUAGAGGAAGCUCUUGCAAUGAUUGAGAAAGGAAGUAAGGAUAACUUCAUGCAUGAAAGCUUUAAUGUUGAUCGACCAGGAUCUUACACUCGCUCUUGGUUCUCAUGGGCUAACUCACUCUUCUCAGAAAUGAUCAUCAAAAAACUAAAUGUCGUGGCAAAUAUCGAGCCUCCUCCAAAAAUGUCCAUACCCGUUUAUCCAACAUUCCCAAGUGGUGAUAUACACAAGAAUGCAAGAACCACGCCAAAUAAAUCGGUGGAUCUUACUGGAGUUCAAAUUUUGACAACUGGGGACUUCUACCUAAGAUCUUCGAUAAGAGAUGUCGUAAAUCUAGAUAGUAAAUUACCACACUAUACUUGGAAAUAUCAUAACAGUUCUACUCUGUUUUGGACAAAUAGAGAUAAGCUGUAUAACAAAUGGAAUUCAUUACACGCUAAUCUCCAGGGAUUUACGUCGGAGACUAUUAAUAAAAAUGCAAUUACAAUGUGCAAUGAACUAGGACCAAAUAAGGAAAAGUUAUGCGAAAUGUAUACAGCAGCUUUGAAAAGCACUUUAAAACGCAGAUUAGUUCUAUUACCAGAUUCAACAGUACAUGUCAUUUCUGGUGACAUUCCUGUCAUGACUCUGACAGAUUCAACCAAUCAGAUGCUUCCUCUACUGAAUUUCGUCAGCCAUGACAAGACACUUCAAGUUUUAAUUGAGGGAGUUAUCAGACGACAAAUAAAAUGGAUCAUGAUGAAUCCUUACGGAUCUGCAUUUAGAUUAUACGUAGACAAUUACCAUAUGAACAGACAAGCAUUGUCAAAGGUAGAAAUUAAUUAUGGAACGACCGUCCAUACUGCAGCAAACAAUUUCCAAUUAGAAAAUUUAUGUUCGUUCAUAAAUCUAUCCUAUAAAUAUUGGAAUGUUGUCAAUGAGAACGAAAUAUUUGACAAGGAAUGGCGGGCAGCUGUAGACAUAAUUAUGCAAACGUGGUUAAAUGAGCAAAUGCAUAACACUCUUAGCGUUUAUACUCAUCCAUCUUUGGAAAAUAGAGGGCAGGGUACGAAGGUUUGCUAUACAGGAUUGAUAUGGGGAGGGCAUAGACCAGAUGGCUUUCCAAUGGCAUACCACUACAACAUCCCGGGUAAUAUGAUGGUUAUCGUAGCACUUAGAAACAUAGCCAAGAUUGCGUCUGACGUCCUAAAAGACAAUGUCUUGGAAAAUCUCGCAACUGAGCUAGCUGAUCAGAUUGACACAGCGAUUCAUAACUACGCUGUUAUCCAGAUUGCCGACAACGUACAAGUAUAUGCAUAUGAGGUGAAUGGUUGCGGGGACUACAUACUGAUGGACGAAGCUAGCUUCCCCAAUUUAGUAUCCAUUCCUUUCAUGCAGUAUGACACUAAAUACGACCCCGAAAGGCAAUUAUAUAAAAAUACCAGGGCCAUGAUCUUCAGCAAGCAAAAUCCUUUCUAUAGAACUGGAAUAGCUGUCAAUGGUUUGACCAGCAGAAGGGAUUUGUCGGAAGAUGUCUGGUCGAUCAGUUUAAUAAUGCGUGGACUUACCGCAACGAAUACGACAGAAUUACAAAAUUCACUUAUCAAUCUCCAGAAUAAUAUGCCAGAACUUGCUUUAAUUCCAGAGCAUAUUCAACCUGAUGGUAUCACCAAUAAAACUCUACCCCAAUGCGAGAUAUGUAACUCAUUGUUUGCAGAACUUCUUUUAAGAAACAUUUCAUCGAUUAAACAAAUGAAUUUCCCACAAAUUUCUCCCGUAUAUAAAGUCAAUGAGGAACCAAUAAUAACAGCUUCGAAAGAGCUAGAUUCGGAUGAGCUAACCACCAAAGCUGUGACACAUGGUGGAACUGAUCGUAUAGCAAAUAAUAAAAACAAAGGAAUUAUCAUCGAUAGAAACGCAAACCACAAAUAUCAAGCAGGUCAAACAGUGCUUGCCGCUAGAAAAGGUAAUAUCAAAAACCAGCAGGGCAAAGGCGAGUUGAUAGAGAAGAAGGUUCAGGCACCACCACAGAGUAAAAUAAUCAAAGACAAGAAAAUGAAUCACAUCGAUGAAAAAAAUUAACAGAUACGAAACCGGGGACUAACCACAUAGUCAUGAAACAGUAUAGAAAUAAUAAAGAAAAAGAGAAACAAGUUUCGAACUAACCCACAAGAUAGAUUGCGUCAUAACACGAAUGUCAUUUAGUCAGAAGAGUCAUAAUAUCCAUUUUAACAGAUGACAAACAUAAUCGUUUAGUUAAGGAAUAUGUUUAUCAUCUUGCACAAAGUCUGCCUCGAAAUUGAGAUCAUCGGUUAAACGAUGUCAAUCGAUAUUCAGCUUACAAAUUAGCUAAACCUGAUUUCAAAAAAGAAAA